CUGCCCCUGUCAACGUCAAGAUGUCACAACGCCUAAUGGACACCACGAAACUCGUGUGGUAUUUCCUGAUUUUAUACACUGGCCCGUAUUGGAGCCCGAGUCGAUGUGCAGCAAUAAAGGUUCCUCCUAAAACACCUUCUACCAUAGAAGCUCAAGCUAAAUUCUUCCAGGAUUUUUUCUCGGUACAGUUGAGUCCGUACAAGAUUGAGUUCGGUCACGUUUGCGAGGACCCCAACACGUGGGAGCAGCGGUAUGAGAAGAAAGACUAUAAAAACCACAGGGAUAUGGGAAAAGUACGCUGGGGUGACAAAAAGGGUGGGUACGGCGAACAUUACUGGGACUUGAACCAUGCUGGUCACGGCAAUGACCACGGCGACGAUGGCAAUGACCACUCCGAUGAUGGAUCCUACCACCACGAUGACCAUUCUGACCACGGUUACGACGGGUCCCAUGAAAACUCCCCAAGUUACGGCGACGAAUACGACCCAGAAAAGUCAAGCUACGAAGAAAGUGGAAGAGCUAAAAGAGCCCACCCAAAAAUAAAAGUAGAGAGACACUCUCACAGAGACAAUAAUGAAAACCCAAAACCUAAGAGCCGCAAGAACAAUGAACAAUUGCAAGAAGAACCAUCACAUAAAGUAGAAAAUGUAAAUUAUUCAGAUGAAGAUGAUCAGCCUGAAGAAGAGGUAUACAAGAAGCCCAAACGGUCUCAUCAUCGACACACUUAUGACGAAGAUGAGGAAAGACCACAACAAAAGGAAACGAAGAAUCAAGUAGUAUUGGUAGUGAAAGAAAAGGAUGGAAACAAUCAAGACAACACCCACCAGAAAUAUCAGGACUUCUCUCAAUUUGUACCCUACGAAGGAGGUGCAGGAGUGAGACAACAUCAUCACCCUGAAACUGUAGCAGCGGCGUCGGUUCCCAGACUAUUCUGGGAACCAACAACUGGACACGUAGUCGACAGAGCUACGGGGCAAGCUUAUGUAUUACAGCCGAUCGCGGCUCCUGCCAACUACAAUUAGAAAGUGACCAGGGAACUAGAUUAGUUGUUAGUUUUGUUAUAGUUAU